AUGGAAGAGAAUAGUAAAAAUUUUGUUAUAGUAUUAAAAAGUGGAAAUGGUGAAUCAAUCACUGUAGAAGUUUUACCCCAAGAUACUGUUAAAGAUCUUAAAGAAAGAAUAGAAACUCAAACUGGAAUCCCUUUAGAUUUUGAUCAAAUUAAAAUUGAUGGGAAAACAUUUAAUGAUGACACAAACAUUAUUGAAUAUUUCUCUUCAGAAGGUGAUGAAUAUGAAGAAAAUCAAGGUAAUGAUAAAGAUGUAAAAGAAAAUUUAAUCGCUUUGGAAGAAAUAAAUAUUCCAUCUUAUACAGAAGAUGAUACAAUUUUAAAAGCUUCGACAAGUUUUUGCGAAAACAAAAAAAGUUUAUUUUGUGCUGCCAUAGGAUGUAAAUCUAAUAAGCUUGAAGACCCAAAUGUACAAUUAUUCCAAUUUCCAGCCCAAAAAAAAAGUCACAAUUGGGCAUUAUGCGGAAAUCAUUUUACUAAAGAUCAGUUUCUGACAAAAGAUAGAAGGAUCUUAAAACAAAAUGCUAUUCCAACAAUUUUUGAUACAUCUAAAGAAAAUGAAGAUGAAAAAAUAGAAGAAGAAUUAGAACCUUUACAUCCGGGUGCAUUUUGCAGAUUGUGUGGUAAUUUAUUCGAAGGAACUGAUUCAACUUUUAUAUUUAGUGAAGAUGGGGAAAAGAAUAGUUUAGCAGAAAAAAUCAAUUCCUGUCUUCCAGUAUCUGUACGUAAAACUGACCCCCUACCCAAACAAAUUUGUAUUUAUUGUUUAAAAAACUUAGAAGCUGUUCAUUUAUUUGCUGAGACUUGCAUAAAAGCAGAAAUCAAAUUGAAAGCAUUGACCAAAAGAUUUUUGGUUCAUCAGUUAAAGAAAAAUUCAAAUGAAAUAAAGUCAGAAAAAUCAUUCUGCUGUCCCCUUUGUCGAGAUGGAGCAAUGAAAUAUCACGGAAAUCAUAAAGAAUUAAAAUCUCAAAAUUUUAUUUGUCUACAAAAACAACCCGAAGAAAAUUCCAUGGAUAUUCCAACGGGUUUUUUACCCGUUACCAAAUUCGAACCAGAAGAUUCUAGUCACGACUUCAUUAACGAUCUUUACAGUGAUGACGAUGAAGGUUCUUGCGAUUUGGACAACAACGGCACGGAAGAAAAAGAAAAAACGUAUUCCUCAACGGAAAAAAGUGACGUUUCCGUUUCCCUUUACUUGCAAGAGGACAGAGUGGAAAUGCUUUACGAAUGUCCUCUUUGCGAAGAAAAUUUUGCGAGUCCGUUUGAAUGUUACGAACAUUCUAAAUACCACGUGUCACCGAAUAAUUAUCCGUGUUUAGUUUGCGGAUUAAGUUUUGUGACGGAGGAAAAAUUGAAAGAACAUUUUGGCGGGCAUAAAAAUAAAGUGAGCAGCACGCGUAAAACGCCAUACAAACCCAUGUUGGAAUGCGGAGCGUGUAAAUUUCAAUUCACGACUAGAAAAGAUUUUAUACUACAUAAAUGCAGCAAACCCAUUCUUAGAAUUCUUCAAAAUAAUUCUGUCAACUUGUACUGUCAUUCUUGCGAUCAACAUUUUAAAACGUUAGAAAGAGCAGAGCUUCACAGAGCUUACCACGAAGGUAUCGAAAAGUUGGCGUGCAAACACUGCGAGGAAAAUUUCGAAACUCAAAAAUCUCUAGACUAUCAUAUUAAAUUUCAACAUGAAAAUCAAGAGCCCUUCGUUUGUCAACAUUGCGAAUUUAGAUUUUUUAGCAAAGAGCAUUUUGACAAGCAUAAAAAAGUUCACGAGUUGACGACGUACCAGUGCUCGUUAUGCAAUAAAACAUUUAAAGAUUUGGAAAAAAUAACUAGUCAUAUAGAGAGUCACACCGUGAACAAUUCGGAAAACGUGUCGAAUUUGAAUUUGAAAUGUCCCAAAUGCGAACUUCAAUUUACAAAAAAAGCUCACUACCUGUAUCAUUUAGAAAAUUUUCACGAUGGAGAAAUGAACAAUUUGAAGAGAAUGCCUUCUCUCAUACAGUAUCAAUGUAAAAUUUGUUCAGAAAGAUUUACUCUGUCCCAAGAUGUCAUAAUUCAUCGUACGGUUCAUUGGAAAAGUUACGAUUCGUGUCUUCCGCACGUUUGCGAAUAUUGCGGAGAAGCACAUCCUAGUCCCAAUGCAUUGGCAAGACACAGAAGAAUAUUACAUCCGGACGAACAACCUUACGUGUGUACGAUAUGCGAAGAAAAGACGAGAACCUUGUACGAAGCUCGGGUUCAUAGGAAAACUCACACGGGUUACGUGAACACGCCACAAAAACCACCGUCGAAAAUUUACAUUUGCGACAAUUGUCCGAGUUUGUUUUCCGACAAAGCUUCAUUUCUCUCACAUAAGAAAUCACACAGAGUCACCAAAGGUUUCCAAUGCGAAUUCUGUCAAAAGGUUUUCCCGGAAAGGCAUCGUUUGGUAGUGCACAGACGUCAGCACACGGGUGAAAAACCAUUUUCCUGCGGAGUUUGCGGUAAAAAAUUUGCUCAAACGUCGGCCAUGUACACUCACGCGCUUUUGCACACGGGAGAGACACCACAUUCCUGCGAUUUGUGCGGAAGGAGAUUCCGAAUCAAAUCGGACAGGGACAAUCACCGAAGGACUCACACGGGAGAAAAACCCUACAAGUGCCCGUAUUGCGAUAAAAGUUUCAGAACGGGUCAGGUUUAUUAUCAGCACAGGAUGAUACACACGGGAGAGCGAAGAUUUCCCUGCGACAUUUGCGGGAGAGCCUUCAAAAGAUCUCACACGCUCGUUUGUCACAGGAGAAUACACACGGGAGAAAAGCCAAAUAUUUGCGACGUGUGCGGAAAAGGUUUUCGUCAGAGGACGGACAUGAGAAAGCAUAAAAUGAACCUGCACGGCGUACCUGCUUAA